AUGACGACGAAACGUGGACCAGAAGAAAAAGAAUCAGAGAUGGACGAGGAAGACACGAGACUGAAAGAAGAGUUGCUCCAGUUGGCCGACGCGUUGAUGUUCGCGAUCACAUUCGAGGGAAAGGACGAGAAGGUCAAGCUGAUAUCUUUGAGCCAGCUGAGGCUGUUGAUGCAGACAUCGACGACGUCGAUGACCUCCGUGCCGAAACCGCUGAAAUACUUGAGAAACUCGUACGACGGCUUGAAGGAUGCGUACAAGAAGAUCCAACGCGAAGACGUGAAGCGGCAAUUCGCGGAAAUCUUAAGCGUGCUGUCCAUGGCAGGAGCGGCUCCAGGGUCCAAGGAGUGCCUCAGAUAUUCCAUCGAAGGCAACGUCGCGAAUCCUGGGGAAUGGGGUCACGAAUACGUCAGACAGUUGGAAACCGAAAUCGUCGACGAGUGGACGAAUGCCCCCGCCAGAGACGAAAACGUACUCGCGCCGCUGGUCAAAAGCAUCGUAAAAUUCGACAUGAAACACAACGCGGAGAUACCAGGAUGCGACUUGUGUCUCGAAAUCGACCAACUCGAUUUCAUCCGCGAUUGUUUGGAUGCUACCAACGUUAACAGAGUGUGCCGUUAUUUGGAAGGAUGCGCGGUCUAUAGCGAGGACGCCGAACGAAAGCAAAUACUGAAAAUGGUUGCCGAACAGUAUUUGAGAUUCGGAGAGUUCUGCAAGGCGAUUUUGGUGGCCCAACAGCUGAUCGAUCCGGAGCUGGUGCACAAGUGUCUCGCCACUUGUCCGGAUGGGGCAACGAGAAAGCAGCUAGCGUUCAUGCUCGCAAGGCAACGGGACAACCCUCUGAAGAAAGAGUACCAAGGCGACGAUGCCAAAGACAUCGAAGUGAUUCUGAGCAACGGUCACGUGAACGGUCACUUUCACGUGCUCGCGAGGGAACUCGACAUCCUCGAACCCAAACAUCCGGACGACAUUUACAAGACCUGGCUAGAGACCAGUGCGCUGAGACGAGCCGAAUACGAUUCGGCCAGGGCCAAUCUAGCGGCCAGCUUUGUCACCGGGUUCGUUCAUGCUGGAUUCGGACAGGAUAAGUUGAUGGCGAAUACGGAUUCCUGUUGGGUUUACAAGAAUAAGGACCACGGAAUGCUCUCGGCUACCGCAUCUUUAGGCCUGAUACACAUGUGGGACGUGGACGGUGGUUUGGUACCGAUCGACAAGUAUCUUUACACGAGCGAGGAUUUCAUAAAAUCGGGCGCGUUGCUCGCUAUUGGUAUCGUCAACUGCGGCGUUCGCAACGAAUGUGAUCCAGCGUUGGCGCUCCUCAGCGAUCACGUGUGCUCCAAGAGCUCAACGCUCAGAAUCGGGGCUGUUUUAGGAUUGGGUCUGGCCUAUGCUGGCUCGAUGAGAGUCGACGUCACCGAGUUGUUAACCGGAGUUUUGGCGGAUACCGAAAGUACCAUGGAAGUCGUAGCACUCGGUGCGAUCGCAAUGGGACUCGUAAACGUUGGCUCCGGUGACCCGGACGUAUCUUCGACGCUUCUGCAGAAACUGUUAGAACUUACUCCCCAGCAACUGUCUACCACGCAUUCUAGAUUUCUGGCGCUGUCACUAGGGAUGAUCUACAUGGGAUGCCGCGACGCGAUCGAAGCUUCCUCGGCAGCCCUCGAGGUUUUACCCGACCCUUACAAGUUGGCAUCGCAAACUAUGUUACAGGCAAUGUUUAAAUACUUGGACCAAACAAUCAUCCGCCAGAUAUGCGCGUACGCUGGCACGGGCGACGUGUUGAUCGUGCAAGAGUUGCUGCGAAUAUGCUCGGAACCCGUCGAUGGCGACAGCGCGUUCACCAGUCCGUCGACCAGUCCCGUGGCCAGCUGCUGCGAUCAAAGACCCCGGACUCUCGAUACCUCCGACGAUAAAACAAAAGAAAAGUCCGAGAAGAAGAACGAAGAAUCGAGAGAGAUCGGAUCGUCGCAAGCCAUAGCCACCCUCGGUGUCGCCGUGGUUGGCCUGACGGAUGAUAAACAGAAUUCGCGAAUCUUCGGACAGAUCGGAAGGUACGGUUCCGUAUCUGCGAGGCGCGCAAUGCCAUUAGCCCUGGGCUUGUCUUUCCUGUCGAAUCCAGAUUUGUCGAUUCUGGACGUUCUGAACAAAUAUAGCCACGACAACGACACAGACGUGGCCAACAGCGCGAUCUUCGCUCUCGGCCUCGUCGGCGCUGGAACGAACAACGCGCGUCUAGCGAUCAUGUUGAGACAGUUGGCCUGUUAUCACGCGAAAAAUCCUGCGCACCUGUUCCUCGUCCGAAUAUCCCAGGGACUGGUUCACCUCGGCAAAGGUACGCUGUCUAUAUCGCCGUUACGUUACGCUUCGAAGAUCUUGGAUCAGGCUGCCCUGGCUGGACUGCUGGUGGUCCUGGUCGCGUUUCUGGAUUCCCGCAACUUGAUUCUGGCCAAGUCUCAUUACUUGAUGUAUUGUUUGGCGCUUGCGAUGGAGCCCAGGUGGCUAGUCACCUUGGACGAGAACUUGCAAAGUCUGCCGGUGUCCGUGAGGGUGGGCCAGACUGUGGACAUCGUGGGCAAAGCUGGAAAUCCAAAAUCUAUCUCUGGUGGCUACGUUCAUACGACUCCGACGUUGCUCUCUUCCGGUGAAAGGGCAGAACUUGCGUUGGACGAGUACGAGCCAAUUUCCAAUGUGCUGGAAGGUUUCGUUAUACUUCGAGAAAAGCUGAAUCCUACCUAAAUGCGCUGAUAAAAUAAA